GUGCCCGGGAAGGAGGCUUAAACAGAGAGGUCUGGCCUGCUUGGUGCGGGAGACUUGAGGCGUGACCCAUCUCUGACUUCCACGACCCCCGCUCUGGGUCCCCGAGGCCAUGGGUCGGAUCUCCGGGCUCGUGCCCUCUCGGUUCCUGACGCUCUUGGCUCAUCUGGUGGUUGUCAUCACUUUAUUCUGGUCCCGGGAAAGCAACAUCCAGGCUUGCCUGCCUCUCAAGUUCACCCCCGAGGAAUAUGAGAAGCAGGACGUCCAAUUGGUGGUAGCUCUCUGUCUCACCUUGGGCUUCUUUGCGGUGGAGCUGGCCGGCUUCCUCUCAGGAGUUUCCAUGUUCAAUAGCACCCAGAGCCUCCUCUCCAUUGCAGCCCACUGUAGCGCAUCUGUGGCCCUAUCUUUCUUCAUAUUCGAGCGAUGGGAAUGUACCACAUACUGGUACAUUUUUGCCUUCUGCAGCCUCAUCCCUGCUCUCACGGAAACGGCUUUAUUCAUCGCUGUCUUUGGGCUGAAAAAGAAACCUUUCUGAUCACGACCUGGACGUAGGAACCAAGGCUGGAAAAGUGAUGAGCUUUCUCUCGGUGGGGGAAGAAGAAAGACAGGCUUCAGUUUUUUCUCUCCCUACUCUUAAGCCCCGCUCACUGCUUUUAAGCAGAGGAUGGCAGUGUUGGGAUAAGAUCUCUGAAAUCUUGGCUUAUAAUUUUAUUAGAGCCUUGUAAUAAAAUAAUUUUUUAG